AUGUCUCACUUACUUGAGCAUAUUGAUGCAUGUGUGCCAGUAACGGCAUUGAAAGCAUUCCCGUGGGGUCAACAUCACUUCAUUCUUCAAGGUCAAGGCCCAUUUUUACGUGUCAUUGAUGAUGAGUCUGGCAAUGUGAGGACUCAACUGAACGUCUUCAAACGUAACAACAUCCACGGCUUCAUCCCAUUGACAUCAAGGUGGGAUGAGGGUGAACAUACAUGUGUCCGAAUCUUAGUCUGGGGAGGCCAAUCCCUCCGAGAAGUUGACUUGAGAUUGGAUAAAAAUGACAGGGUUAUCUCUUCAUUAUCAUCUGCGGAGUUCCAUGCCCCAGACUGGAUUAUGAGUGGGUGUGCCGCGGUGAAAGACGCAUCAGUAGAGGCAUAUUUGAUUACGGCCAACAACGCCCUUCUUACCAUCCGUCUGAAACAAAUUGAAUCGCCCCGCUACCAGACACAAAUCCAAGUGCAUCAGCUGGCAACAAGUGUCAAGUCGAUUCUCUGUGCAGCCGACCUUAUCGCAUUUUCGGCCACUCAUGUGCUUAUCGCUGCGGGAACUAUAUUUGGAGAGAUCAUUGUCUGGUCUUGUUUCACAGACCCAAAUCAGAAUACUGAAGCUGCUCAUGCAAUUGGAUCCAUUCAUCAUUUUUUCACUGGACACGAUGGAACUGUCUUCGGUGUACGGAUAUCACCUCCCCUGCCAUCGUUAUGUGGCGGCCAACCCGGACGACUUUUAGCUAGCUGCAGUGAUGACAGGACGCUGCGAAUCUGGGAUAUUUCGGACUGCGAAAAUAAGUCUUCUCUUGACCCAUCUGCCUACUCCACAGAUGGAUUUGAUCUCCGCAGUACAGGUUUUGGAUCCACCAGUGGCGAGAAUAAUGAAACUGAGUCUAAAUGGUGCGUGGCAAAAGCAUUUGGACAUGCUGCUCGUAUCUGGGACAUUCUUUUUCGACCAAGAUCGAUGAGCUCUUCUGGGAUUGGACUUGUCACUCGAAGUGAGGAUGCUACUUGUAUAGCUUGGGAUUUGAGUUGGCAGUCGUCGACCUCUAGCCCUGAGACAUAUAAGUUAUCCCAGCGGGAGUCUUCGCGCGGACAUGUUGGAAAGCAUCUUUGGUCUAUGGAUCUUCGGUGUCAUGGGGAUCAGACUUGGGUUUAUACUGGAGGUGCAGACGGGGCUCUGAAGCGUUUCAAAAUCAAUGAAAUUAACACUUCAACUGCGGACCUAGCACAAAUCAAAGGAGAACCCCAACCAAAACUCAAUGAGGUUAUGCAUUUUGCCUUCUUAACUCCAAAUUGCCUCAUUGCAUCUGACAAGGAAAACAAACUCCAGGUCGGGUCUGUGAGCUCGGGAGAAACCGCAAUCGUUACAUGGGAAUCCCUCAAUAACGACUCGGAUUUUGGUCCAAUCCAAAGAAUCGCUGGAAUCCCUGCAGAGGGACUAGCAUUGAUAAGUAAUGGCCAGGGCCACGUACGCUUGUACAACCACAGGACCAAAUCGGUCUCCGAUCUGGUCAAACUGCAUGAACGCCCUUUGGCUUUCUUCAUAGUCAGCAGCCCCAGUGCAAACUCACAUCAUACCAUUUCUUUCGUCGCCUCCUACGCCAAAGAUGAAAUUGCAACAUUGGUGAUGGUCUCAGAUUGGAACUCUGACCUGGCUCAAGUGAAAAGCAUUUCAAUUACUCUUCCGCAGUCUCCAUUUGGUCUCUCCUCUGCCUCACUGAUCCAUAGCGAUAAUUAUUUGGUGUUAGGCUCCAGGCUUGGCGGACUAUCAGUGCAUCGAGUGGGAAACUCAAAUAUUCCUACAGAGGCACUCAUCGUCGAACGACGCGUUCAUGGCCGCGAUGGCACAAACCAUAUUAGAGCAAUCUCUUCCGUGAAGGAUGCGGAUGGUUCCGAUCUCGAAUAUAUUCAAACAUGUGGGCGCGACGGAAAGAUUUGCAUUCAUGAGAUAAAUCUUGGAAGACAUUCCAAUCAUUCCAUUUCCCUCCGCACGAUUCAUAGAACAGAGUCUGGACUUGGUGGAAAUAUAACAGGUUCUUACAUAGAUGAAGAGACAGAUGACCUGAUGGUCUAUGGCUUUAGAUCUCAGGACUUUGUUCUUUACAACGAGUCUAAACACUCGGAUGUUAUAGCAGUGAGUUCUGGUGGGUCUCGCAGAAACUGGGCCUUUCACCCCUGCACAUCAGGUGAAGCCGGCGGACUGUUAUUUUGGAAAGAUCGACAGGGCCUCAACUCCCGCCGUCUUCUCGGGGAUAAAAAUUGUCUCCUCCGGGCUGGAGUUCAUGGGAGAGAGAUUAAAUCCUCGGCUUAUUUGGACUCAAUUCAAGGCUCGCCUCCUAUUUUUGCUACGGGUGCGGAAGACACUGCAGUGAGGAUAUUCUCAUUAUCAGACUCGACCAGCUCAAGUCCCUGGGGCGCAUUUAAGACCCUCCGUGUUCUAAACACACACAGAUCUGGAUUGCAGCACGUUUCCUGGUCAAAAAAUGGGAAAUUCCUUUUCACCAGUAGUGCAGAAGAGGAAUUCUUCGUUUGGCGAGUACAAUGGUGGCUUCUGCUCCCAAAAGGGGAUCCAGACUCCGAGCUUCGAAUCACCAGCUUCGACAUGAUCGAAGUAGAAGAGUCUGGGCAUGGAUGUGGGUUUAUUUUGGGACUGACUUUGUCCAACUCUACUGUGAAGGUUUUCCAUUAUUCACCAAAUAAGGACAACUCCUUCUCUCUGCUGGCUGAAUGGAGAUAUAUGGAGAAUUGCCUAACUCAAGUUCGCUUUUUGCCGCAUGGGUCUUGCGUGACUCUGUUGACUGCAGCUACCGAUGGAUAUCUGACUUUUUGGGAUUUGACGGCAACGCUUCAGCCUUUCUACACCAUUGACUCGUCGAGGUUGAAAUCCAAGCAAUACUCUGUACAGCAGCCACCUGCGUUUGGAAUCACAUGCGAGGAUCGCUAUCAAAUUCAUUCGAACAGCAUCAAAGCCAUGGAAUGUGUCACAAUCUCCCCAGGAGUUACUCUGGUCCUGGCCGGUGGCGAUGAUAACUCGUUAUCCAUCUCACUCUUGAACCAUUCUCAAAUAUCUGCAUCCGAUCCACACAUCGAAGUCUCGACCAAGUCAAUCCCAGAUGCCCAUACCGCCUCUGUCACAGCGAUUCAAGUUCUGAACCAACCAUCUGCGCGUGUCCACCCGGCUGGUUCUCAUAGUGUCAACUUGACUUUUGCCUCUUCCGGAAAUGAUCAUCAGGUCAAGAUUUGGAGAUUAAUCCUGGAUCGGUCUCAAUCUGAUUCGCCAAUCAUCCAAGUCCAACUCUUGGAGGACAAAUAUUCCUCUGUGGCUGAUAUAGCUUCAUUCAGUCUUGUCCGUGGGAAUGCAUCUCAUAGUCAUGAUGAUUCCCUUCAAUUGGUUAAAUCACGCGAAAUGAAACUGCUGGUAUGUGGUGUUGGUAUAGAGCUGUUCAAACUGAAUUUUGGACGGUUUGGUGACUCGGACAUAAAUCAUGUUGAUUUGAUGGAGGGUCUGCAUAUCUAA